AUGACACGAAUCCAGACUAAGUCUAAUGGCCUCGGUGUACAGGUUGAGGAUACUCAGAUAUGCGUGGUAAUGGUUGGUCUUCCCGCAAGAGGAAAAUCCCUCAUUGCGCAAAAGGCUCAACGUUACCUCAAAUGGCUGUCAAUCGAUGCUCAGGUCUUUAAUGUCGGUAACUAUCGUCGGAACGCAACUCCCAAUCCAACUGCCGAUUUCUUCGAUACAACCAAUACCGAGGGCGAACGUAUGCGCAGAGCUGCCGCCGAAGCUGCGGUCAAUGAUAUGGUCAAUUGGUUCAAGAACAAACAAGGAAUCGUAGCUAUUCUUGAUGCCACGAAUAGCACAAAAGAGCGCCGUAGAUGGAUCAAAAAUCGAUGUGAUGCCGAAGGUAUCGAGACCCUGUUUGUCGAAUCGAAAUGUGACGAUGAGGAUUUGAUCAUGUCCAAUAUUCUCGAAGUAAAGACGACAUCCCCAGAUUACGCGGGUUCAGACCCGGAAAAAGCCGCUCAAGAUUUCAGGAACAGGAUCAAGAACUACGAGAAGGUCUAUGAAACAAUUGACGACGAUGAGAGCGACCUCACCUACCUAAAGAUCAUGAAUGUUGGAAAGCAAGUCAUUAUCAACCGAAUCCAGGAUUAUUUGCAGAGUCGCGUGGUUUAUUACCUGAUGAACUUGCAUAUUAAGCCGAGAUCUAUUUGGUUGUCACGACAUGGAGAAUCCAUGUACAACCUCGAAGGAAAAAUUGGUGGAGAUGCCGAAUUAUCCCCUCGUGGAGAGAUGUACGCCAAGAAGUUACCUGAAUUGGUUCUCGAAUCAGUAGGAGAUAAUCGUCCUUUGACUGUAUGGACUUCAACUCUUCGUCGCACAAUCGCUACGUCCCGUCACCUUCCUAAUGAAUAUAACCAACUUCAAUGGAAAGCCCUGGAUGAACUCAAUUCGGGUGUUUGCGACGGACUUACUUAUCAAGACAUCAAGGAGCAAUAUCCAGAUGAUUUCGAGGCCCGUGAUGAAGAUAAAUACAACUACAGAUAUCGUGGUGGAGAAUCUUAUCGUGAUGUUGUCAUUCGUCUGGAACCCAUCAUCAUGGAAUUGGAGCGAUCAGAGGAUAUUUUGAUUGUUACCCAUCAAGCUGUUCUUCGUUGUAUCUACGCUUACUUCAUGAAGAAGCCUCAAGAUGAAUCGCCGUGGAUGGCCGUGCCUCUUCAUACCCUCAUUAAGCUUACCCCUCGUGCUUAUGGUACACAAGAGGUUCGUUACGAUGCGCAAAUCCCUGCUGUCAGUACAUGGCGUGGUAAGGGUAGUGUUGCGAAGCAUGAAGAUCCUGUUCCGGAUAGUGCAGCAACUGUUGUAGCAGAAGGUAAAUAA